AUGGCCUUACCGAGAGAGUCGAGCUUUAUGCCGGCCAUCAAAUGCUCGUCAUGCGGCCUCGACGUAGAAAUCUCCAUGAUGGGCGAGCACGUCUGCGGCGGCCCAGGUCCAGAGCCAUCGGCGCCGCCAGAUCGUCCAGACAGCCUGGGAUCAUAUGACCAGCCGCCGCCUUUGGACAACAAAUAUGGACGCAUGGCACCUCCAACAUUAGACACUAGUGCCGCCAAUCUCCCAUAUUCGCGACAGGGCCAGCUGACACCCAUAAGUACAUCGACUGGUUCAAUCAGUAUUUCGCCCAAGACUCCAAACAGCCAGGCUAUGGGCCGAAACGACGAUUAUUUUCAACCGCAAAUCGCAAACGACUAUAACUCAAACCAGCAAUCUCGACGACCUGGAGGAUACGGAGCAUUCGAAGAAGGGGAUGACAACGGAUCUGAACAAAUGUACCCAGGCGAACAGAAGAAGCAAGCGCCGAGUCUUCUUCAGCGUAUGAACACGAUUGCACCGGGACCUUUUGAAAUGGGCAGGAGAGCAGGAGGACGAGGAGCAACAAAGAACGCAUUCGCCCCUUCGAAACAAGAUUCUCUGACUCCCGACGAAAAUAUCACAAGCGACCGGCCACUGACUUCUGCAUCGAACAACUCCUUCAUGUCCUCUGGAAGCAGUAAUGCUGGCGGGAUUGCGCCACCAAAGCUGCCAAGAAAAAACGGUUAUGGAGGAUUCGGGCCGCCAGGAACAACUCCAGAAGAUAUUGAACCUGAAGCCUAUGUUAGCCGCGCUGGUACUUUCCCGCGGCCUAGCGAGCCCAUCGAGCCGCCUCUGAGAACGCCUUCAGCACCUCCCACUCGAUCUGACAGACUCAGAGGACAACCCAACGGCGGAGAGCACGAGAGGAAGAUUUCAAUGGGACCAGACACAUCGAGAGCGCCGCCGCCGAGAACGAGUCUACUGCGCCCGACGACAUCGGGAAGGGACGGUGCGCCACCGGUAGAUUUGGCGAGCGAGUUUGGUUCAUCGAACCCGUAUCACACUCCCUCGGCCUCUACGUCGUCCGGGGCGUCCAUGUUCAGCCAUGGUCGCCAGGCCAGCUCUCAGAGCAGCUCACAAUCUAGCCCAGCGAAUCCGCGAGGACGUCGAAAACCUUCCGACGUGACCAAUUUCGACAACUUAGUGAACGACAUUGAGUCUUCCAUGGAGGCUAUGAAGUCCCCUGGUAUGCCGCCACCACCCCAGGAACCCCUCGCGAAACCGUAUUCGCGUAGUCGAGCACCGCCAUCCGCGGAUCUUCGAGAUGACCCCGCUGUGCAAGGAGGCAGGCCCCGUGCGAGGUCACCACUUGCGACACCAGACUACGACCGUCGCAAUCCCAUGGAUCGUUACAAUCAAACACAUGAGCGCCAACCAAGCGACCAGCGCAGCGUUUCGUCCCCGCCCCGCAACCGGCCUUCGCGAGGAAACUGCAAGUCUUGCGGCGAUGCCAUUACGGGCAAGAGCAUUUCAUCUAAAGACGGCCGCCUCACCGGACGCUAUCACAAGGCGUGUUUCGUUUGCACAACGUGUCGCGAGCCCUUCUCUUCAACAGAAUUCUACGUCCUCAACGACAAGCCUUACUGUGGUAACCAUUACCACAAGCUCAAUGGUAGUUUGUGUGGUACUUGCAGACGCGGCAUCGAAGGUCAGUACCUGGAAGACGAAGAUCGCAUCAAGUACCAUGUUGGAUGCUUCCGCUGCGGCGACUGCGGCAUGUCCUUGUCGAAUGGCUACUUCGACGUCAAUGGCAGAUCAUACUGCGAAAAGGACGCUUGGCGCCGCAUGCAACCGCCGCCGCGAAUGAUCAACGAGGAGCGGCGAGGACGCUCCCCUGGUGGCCUCGGCAUUCCCGGACAAGGCGGCCGACGCCCCAGUAACGGGCAGUCCGGCAUGAGACCACCAAUCGGUCUGCCUCGCGGGCAGAGAAUGGCCCCCGGGACGGGACUCGCCCCGCCCAUGCCUACAAUGAACAAGCGCAUGACGAGACUCGGAAUGAUGUAG